AUGGGGCUGCCACUAGCCCGCCUGGCGGCUGUGUGCCUGGCCCUGUCUUUGGCAGGGGGCUCGGAGCUCCAGACAGAGGGCAGAACCCGAAACCACGGCCACAACGUCUGCAGCACCUGGGGCGACUUCCACUACAAGACCUUCGACGGGGACGUCUUCCGCUUCCCCGGCCUCUGCGACUACAACUUCGCCUCCGACUGCCGAGGCUCCUACAGGGAAUUUGCUGUGCACCUGAAGCGGGGUCCGGGCCAGGCUGAGGCCCCCGCCGGGGUGGAGUCCAUCCUGCUGACCAUCAGGGAUGACACCAUCUACCUCACCCGCCACCUGGCUGUGCUGAACGGGGCCAUGGUCAGCACCCCGCACUACAGCCCCGGGCUGCUCAUUGAGAAGAGCGAUGCCUACACCAAAGUCUACUCCCGCGCCGGCCUCACCCUCAUGUGGAACCGGGAGGAUGCACUCAUGCUGGAGCUGGACACUAAGUUCCGGAACCACACCUGUGGCCUCUGCGGGGACUACAACGGCCUGCAGAGCUAUUCAGAAUUCCUCUCUGACGGCGUGCUCUUCAGUCCCCUGGAGUUUGGGAACAUGCAGAAGAUCAACCAGCCCGAUGUGGUGUGCGAGGAUCCCGAGGAGGAGGUGGCCCCCGCAUCCUGCUCCGAGCACCGUGCCGAGUGUGAGAGGCUGCUGACCGCCGAGGCCUUCGCGGACUGCCAGGACCUGGUGCCGCUGGAGCCGUAUCUGCGCGCCUGCCAGCAGAACCGCUGCCGGUGCCCGGGCGGUGACACCUGCAUCUGCAGCACGGUGGCCGAGUUCUCCCGCCAGUGCUCCCACGCCGGCGGCCGGCCCGGGAACUGGAGGACCGCCACGCUCUGCCCUAAGACCUGCCCCGGGAACCUGGUGUACCUGGAGAACGGCUCGCCCUGCAUGGACACCUGCUCACACCUGGAGGUGAGCAGCCUGUGCGAGGAGCACCGCAUGGACGGCUGUUUCUGCCCGGAAGGCACCGUAUAUGACGACAUCGGGGACAGUGGCUGCGUUCCUGUGAGCCAGUGCCACUGCAGGCUGCACGGACACCUGUACACACCGGGCCAGGAGAUCACCAAUGACUGCGAGCAGUGUGUCUGUAACGCUGGCCGCUGGGUGUGCAAAGACCUGCCCUGCCCUGGCACCUGCGCCCUGGAAGGCGGCUCCCACAUCACCACCUUCGAUGGGAAGACGUACACCUUCCACGGGGACUGCUACUAUGUCCUGGCCAAGGGUGACCACAACGAUUCCUAUGCUCUCCUGGGCGAGCUGGCCCCCUGCGGCUCCACGGACAAGCAGACCUGCCUGAAGACGGUGGUGCUGCUGGCUGACAAGAAGAAGAAUGUGGUGGUCUUCAAGUCCGAUGGCAGUGUGCUGCUCAACGAGCUGCAGGUGAACCUGCCCCACGUGACCGCGAGCUUCUCUGUCUUCCGCCCGUCUUCCUACCACAUCAUGGUGAGCAUGGCCAUUGGCAUCCGGCUGCAGGUGCAGCUGGCCCCAGUCAUGCAACUCUUUGUGACACUGGACCAGGCCUCCCAGGGGCAGGUGCAGGGUCUCUGCGGGAACUUCAACGGCCUGGAAGGUGACGACUUCAAGACGGCCAGCGGGCUGGUGGAGGCCACGGGGGCCGGCUUUGCCAACACCUGGAAGGCACAGUCAAGCUGCCAUGACAAGCUGGACUGGUUGGACGAUCCCUGCUCCCUGAACAUCGAGAGCGCCAACUACGCCGAGCACUGGUGCUCCCUCCUGAAGAAGACAGAGACCCCCUUUGGCAGGUGCCACUCGGCCGUGGACCCUGCUGAGUAUUACAAGAGGUGCAAAUAUGACACGUGUAACUGUCAGAACAACGAGGACUGCCUGUGCGCCGCCCUGUCCUCCUACGCGCGCGCCUGCUCCGCCAAGGGCGUCAUGCUGUGGGGCUGGCGGGAGCAUGUCUGCAACAAGGAUGUGGGCUCCUGCCCCGACUCGCAGGUCUUCCUGUACAACCUGACCACCUGCCAGCAGACCUGCCGCUCCCUCUCCGAGGCCGACAGCCACUGUCUCCAGGGCUUUGCGCCUGUGGACGGCUGCGGCUGCCCUGACCACACCUUCCUGGACGAGAAGGGCCGCUGUGUGCCCCUGGCCAAGUGCUCCUGUUACCACCGCGGUCUCUACCUGGAGGCGGGGGACGUGGUCGUCAGGCAGGAAGAACGAUGUGUGUGCCGGGAUGGGCGGCUGCACUGUAGGCAGAUCCGGCUGAUCGGCCAGAGCUGCACGGCCCCAAAGAUCCACAUGGACUGCAGCAACCUGACCGCACUGGCCACCUCGAGGCCCCGAGCCCUCAGCUGCCAGACGCUGGCCGCCGGCUAUUACCACACAGAGUGUGUCAGUGGCUGUGUGUGCCCCGACGGGCUGAUGGAUGACGGCCGGGGCGGCUGCGUGGUGGAGAAGGAAUGCCCUUGCGUCCAUAACAACGACCUGUAUUCUUCCGGGGCCAAGAUCAAGGUGGACUGCAAUACCUGCACCUGCAAGAGAGGACGCUGGGUGUGCACCCAGGCUGUGUGCCAUGGCACCUGUUCCAUUUACGGGAGUGGCCACUACAUCACCUUUGACGGGAAGUACUACGACUUUGACGGACACUGCUCCUACGUGGCUGUUCAGGACUACUGCGGCCAGAACUCCUCACUGGGCUCAUUCAGCAUCAUCACUGAGAACGUCCCCUGUGGCACCACAGGCGUCACCUGCUCCAAGGCCAUCAAGAUCUUCAUGGGGAGGACGGAGCUGAAGUUGGAAGACAAGCACCGUGUGGUGAUCCAGCGUGAUGAGGGUCACCACGUGGCCUACACCACGCGGGAGGUGGGCCAGUACCUGGUGGUGGAGUCCAGCACGGGCAUCAUCGUCAUCUGGGACAAGAGGACCACCGUGUUCAUCAAGCUGGCUCCCUCCUACAAGGGCACCGUGUGUGGCCUGUGUGGGAAUUUUGACCACCGCUCCAACAAUGACUUCACCACGCGGGACCACAUGGUGGUGAGCAGUGAGCUGGACUUCGGGAACAGCUGGAAGGAGGCCCCCACCUGCCCGGAUGUGAGCACCAACCCCGAGCCCUGCAGCCUGAACCCGCACCGCCGCUCCUGGGCCGAGAAGCAGUGCAGCAUCCUCAAAAGCAGCGUGUUCAGCAUCUGCCACAGCAAGGUGGACCCCAAGCCCUUCUACGAGGCCUGUGUGCACGACUCGUGCUCCUGUGACACGGGUGGGGACUGUGAGUGCUUCUGCUCUGCCGUGGCCUCCUAUGCCCAGGAGUGUACCAAAGAGGGGGCCUGCGUGUUCUGGAGGACGCCGGACCUGUGCCCCAUAUUCUGCGACUACUACAACCCUCCGCAUGAGUGUGAGUGGCACUAUGAGCCGUGUGGGAACCGGAGCUUCGAGACCUGCAGGACCAUCAACGGCAUCCACUCCAACAUCUCUGUGUCCUACCUGGAGGGCUGCUACCCCCGGUGCCCCAAGGACAGGCCCAUCUAUGAGGAGGAUCUGAAGAAGUGUGUCACCGCAGACAAGUGUGGCUGCUAUGUCGAGGACACCCACUACCCACCUGGAGCGUCGGUUCCCACCGAGGAGAUCUGCAAGUCUUGCGUGUGCACCAACUCCUCCCAAGUUGUCUGCAGGCCAGAGGAAGGAAAGAUUCUUAACCAGACCCAGGAUGGUGCCUUCUGCUACUGGGAGAUCUGUGGCCCCAACGGGACGGUGGAGAAGCACUUCAACAUCUGUUCCACUACGACACGCCCGUCCACCCUGACCACCUUCACCACCACCCCCACCACCUUCACCACUACCACCACCACCACCACCCCGACCCCCAGCACAGUUUUAUCAACAACUCCGAAGCUGUGCUGCCUCUGGUCUGACUGGAUCAAUGAGGACCACCCCAGCAGUGGCAGCGACGGCGGUGACCGAGAAACAUUUGAUGGGGUCUGCGGGGCCCCUGAGGACAUCGAGUGCAGGUCGGUCGAGGAUCCCCACCUCAGCUUGGAGCAGCUAGGCCAGAAGGUGCAGUGCGAUGUCUCUGUUGGGUUCAUUUGCAAGAAUGAAGACCAGUUUGGAAAUGGACAAUUUGGACUGUGUUACGACUACAAGAUACGUGUCAAUUGUUGCUGGCCCAUGGAUAAGUGUAUCACCACUCCCAGCCCUCCAACUACCACUCCCAGCCCUCCACCAACCAGCACGACCACCCUUCCACCAACCACCACUCCCAGCCCUCCAACAACCACUCCCAGCCCUCCAACAACCACCACAACCACCCCUCCACCAACCACCACUCCCAGCCCUCCAAUAACCACCACAACCACCCCUCCACCAACCACCACUCCCAGCCCUCCAACCACCACUCCCAGCCCUCCAACCACCACUCCCAGCCCUCCAACAACCACCACAACCACCCCUCCACCAACCACCACUCCCAGUCCUCCAACGACUACGCCCAUCACUCCACCAACCAGCACUACUACCCUUCCACCAACCACCACUCCCAGCCCUCCAACAAUCACCACAACCACCCCUCCACCAACCACCACUCCCAGCCCUCCAACCACCACUCCCAGCCCUCCACCAACCACCACAACCACCCUUCCACCAACCACCACUCCCAGCCCUCCAACAAUCACCACAACCACCCCUCCACCAACCACCACUCCCAGUCCUCCAACAACCACCACUCCCAGCCCUCCAACAAUCACCACAACCACCCCUCCACCAACCACCACUCCCAGUCCUCCAACAACCACCACAACCACCCCUCCACCAACCACCACUCCCAGCCCUCCAACAACCACCACUCCCAGCCCUCCAACAACCACCACAACCACCCCUCCACCAACCACCACUCCCAGCCCUCCACCAACCACCACAACCACCCUUCCACCAACCACCACUCCCAGCCCUCCAACAAUCACCACAACCACCCCUCCACCAACCACCACUCCCAGUCCUCCAACAACCACCACAACCACCCCUCCACCAACCACCACUCCCAGCCCUCCAACAACCACCACUCCCAGCCCUCCAACAACCACCACAACCACCCCUCCACCAACCACCACUCCCAGCCUUCCAACAAUCACCACUCCCAGCCCUCCAACAACCACCACAACCACCCUUCCACCAACCACCACUCCCAGCCCUCCAACAACCACCACUCCCAGCCCUCCAACAACCACCACAACCACCCUUCCACCAACCACCACUUCCAGCCCUCAAACAACUACCCCUCUACCUACAUCAACAACUCCUGCUACAUCUUCACCAUUCUCAACGACAACCCCUACUAUCCCAUGUGUGCCUGUCUGCAAUUGGACGGGCUGGCUGGAUUCUGGAAAACCCAACUUUCACAAACCAGGUGGAGAUACGGAAUUGAUUGGAGACGUCUGUGGACCAGGCUGGGCAGCUAACAUCUCUUGCAGAGCCACCAUGUAUCCUGAUGUUCCCAUUGGACAGCUUGGACAAACAGUGGUGUGUAAUGUCUCUGUGGGGCUGCUAUGCAAAAAUGAAGACCAAAAGCCAGGUGGUGUCAUCCCUAUGGCCUUCUGCCUCAACUACGAGAUCAACGUUCAGUGCUGUGAGUGUGUCACCCAACCCACCACCAUGACAACCACCACCACAGAGACCCUAACCCCAACAGCCAUAACCACCACGACUACGGUGACCCCAACCCCAACACCCACCGGCACACAGAGUACAACCCCAACAACCAUCACCACCACCACUACGGUGACCCCAACCCCAACACCCACCGGCACACAGACCCCAACCCCAACACCCAUCACCACCACCACUACGGUGACCCCAACCCCAACACCCACCGGCACACAGAGUACAACACCAACAACCAUCACCACCACCACUAUGGUGACCCCAACCCCAACACCCACCGGCACACAGAGUACAACCCCGACACCUAUCACCACCACCACUACGGUGACCCCAACCCCAACACCCACCGGCACACAGACCCCAACCCCGACACCCAUCAGCACCACCACUACGGUGACCCCAACCCCAACACCCACCGGCACACAGACCCCAACAUCGACACCCAUCACCACCACCACUACGAUGACCCCAACCCCAACACCCACCGGCACACAGACCCCAACAUCGACACCCAUCACCACCACCACUACGGUGACCCCAACCCCAACACCCACCGGCACACAGAGUACAACCCCGACACCUAUCACCACCACCACUACGGUGACCCCAACCCCAACACCCACCGGCACACAGACCCCAACCCCGACACCCAUCAGCACCACCACUACGGUGACCCCAACCCCAACACCCACCGGCACACAGACCCCAACAUCGACACCUAUCACCACCACCACUACGGUGACCCCAACCGCAACACCCACCGGCACACAGACCCCAACCACGACACCCAUCAGCACCACCACUACGGUGACCCCAACCCCAACACCCACCGGCACACAGACCCCAACCACGACACCCAUCAGCACCACCACUACGGUGACCCCAACCCCAACACCCACCGGCACACAGAGUACAACCCCGACACCCAUCACCACCACCACUACAGUGACCCCAACCCCAACACCCACCGGCACACAGACCCCAACCCCGACACCCAUCAGCACCACCACUACGGUGACCCCAACCCCAACACCCACCGGCACACAGACCCCAACCCCGACAACCAUCACCACCACCACUACGGUGACCCCAACCCCAACACCCACCAGCACACAGAGUACAACCCCAACACCCAUCACCACCACCACUACGGUGACCCCAACCCCAACACCCACCGGCACACAGACCCCAACCCCGACACCCAUCAGCACCACCACUACGGUGACCCCAACCCCAAUACCCACCGGCACACAGAGUACAACCCCGACACCUAUCACCACCACCACUACGGUGACCCCAACCCCAACACCCACCGGCACACAGACCCCAACCCCGACACCCAUCAGCACCACCACUACGGUGACCCCAACCCCAACACCCACCGGCACACACAGUACAACCCCGACACCCAUCACCACCACCACUACGGUGACCCCAACCCCAACACCCACCGGCACACAGACCCCAACCCCGACACCCAUCACCACCACCACUACGGUGACCCCAACCCCAACACCCACCGGCACACAGACCCCAACAUCGACACCCAUCACCACCACCACUACGGUGACCCCAACCCCAACACCCACCGGCACACAGACCCCAACAUUGACACCCAUCACCACCACCACUACGGUGACCCCAACCCCAACACCCACCGGCACACAGACCCCAACCACGACACCCAUCAGCACCACCACUACGGUGACCCCAACCCCAACACCCACCGGCACACAGACCCCAACCCUGACACCCAUCAGCACCACCACUACGGUGACCCCAACCCCAACACCCACCGGAACACAGACCCCAACCCCGACACCCAUCAGCACCACCACUACGGUGACCCCAACCCCAACACCCACCGGCACACAGACCCCAACCCCGACACCCAUCAGCACCACCACUACGGUGACCCCAACCCCAACACCCACCGGCACACAGACCCCAACCCCAACAACCAUCACCACCACCACUACGGUGACCCCAACCCCAACACCCACCAGCACACAGAGUACAACCCCGACACCCAUCACCACCACCACUACGGUGACCCCAACCCCAACACCCACCGGCACACAGACCCCAACCCCGACACCCAUCAGCACCACCACUACGGUGACCCCAACCCCAACACCCACCGGCACACAGACCCCAACAUCGACACCCAUCACCACCACCACUACGGUGACCCCAACCCCAACACCCACCGGCACACAGAGUACAACCCCGACACCUAUCACCAUCACCACUACAGUGACCCCAACCCCAACACCCACCGGCACACAGACCCCAACCCUGACACCCAUCAGCACCACCACUACGGUGACCCCAACCCCAACACCCACCGGCACUCAGACCCCAACCCCAACACCCAUCAGCACCACCACUACGGUGACCCCAACCCCAACACCCACCGGCACACAGACCCCAACCCCGACACCCAUCAGCACCACCACUACGGUGACCCCAACCCCAACACCCACCGGCACACAGACCCCAACCCCGACACCCAUCACCACCACCACUACGGUGACCCCAACGCCAACACCCACUGGCACACAGAGUACAACCACAACACCCAUCAGCACCACCACUACGGUGACCCCAACACCAACACCCACCGGCACGCAGACCCCAACCCCGACACCCAUCAGCACCACCACUACGGUGACCCCAACCCCAACACCCACCGGCACACAGACCCCAACAUCGACACCCAUCACCACCACCACUACGGUGACCCCAACGCCAACACCCACUGGCACACAGAGUACAACCACAACACCCAUCAGCACCACCACUACGGUGACCCCAACACCAACACCCACCGGCACGCAGACCCCAACCCCGACACCCAUCAGCACCACCACUACGGUGACCCCAACCCCAACACCCACCGGCACACAGACCCCAACAUCGACACCCAUCACCACCACCACUACGGUGACCCCAACCCCAACACCCACCGGCACACAGAGUACAACCCCGACACCUAUCACCAUCACCACUACGGUGACCCCAACCCCAACACCCACCGGCACACAGACCCCAACCACGACACCCAUCACCACCACCACUACAGUGACCCCAACCCCAACACCCACCGGCACACAGACCCCAACCAUGACACCCAUCACCACCACCACUACGGUGACCCCAACCCCAACACCCACUGGCACACAGACCCCAACAACGACACCCAUCAGCACCACCACUACGGUGACCCCAACACCAACACCCACCGGCACGCAGACCCCAACCCCGACACCCAUCAGCACCACCACUACGGUGACCCCAACCCCAACACCCACCGGCACACAGACCCCAACAUCGACACCCAUCACCACCACCACUACGGUGACCCCAACGCCAACACCCACUGGCACACAGAGUACAACCACAACACCCAUCAGCACCACCACUACGGUGACCCCAACACCAACACCCACCGGCACGCAGACCCCAACCACGACACCCAUCAGCACCACCACUACGGUGACCCCAAGCCCAACACCCACCGGCACACAGACCCCAACCUCGACACCCAUCACCACCACCACUACGGUGACUCCAACCCCAACACCCACUGGCACACAGAGUACAACCCUGACACCCAUCACCACCACCAGUACGGUGACCCCAACCCCAACACCCACCGGCACACAGAGUACAACCCCGACACCUAUCACCACCACCACUACGGUGACCCCAACGCCAACACCCACCGGCACACAGAGUACAACCACAACACCCAUCAGCACCACCACUACAGUGACCCCAACACCAACACCCACUGGCACAGAGACCCCAACAUCGACACCCAUCAGCACCACCACUACGGUGACCCCAACCCCAACACCCACCGGCACACAGACCCCAACCCCGACACCCAUCACCACCACCACUACGGUGACCCCAACUCCAACACCCACCGGCACACAGACCCCAACCACAACACCCAUCAGCACCACCACUACGGUGACCCCAACGCCAACACCCACUGGCACACAGAGUACAACCACGACACCCAUCAGCACCACCACUACGGUGACCCCAACACCAACACCCACUGGCAUGCAGACCCCAACCACGACACCCAUCACCACCACUAUGGUGACACCAACUCCAACACCCACUGGCACACAGACCCCAACAUCGACACCCAUCAGCACCACCACUACGGUGACCCCAACCCCAACAUCCACCGGCACACAGAGUACAACCCCGACACCUAUCACCAUCACCACUACGGUGACCCCAACCCCAACACCCACCGGCACACAGACCCCAACAACGACACCCAUCACCACCACCACUACGGUGACCCCAACACCAACACCCACCGGCACGCAGACCCCAACCACGACACCCAUCACCACCACUACGGUGACACCAACUCCAACACCCACUGGCACACAGACCCCAACAUCGACACCCAUCACCACCACCACUACGGUGACCCCAACCCCAACACCCACCGGCACACAGACCCCAACCACAACACCCAUCAGCACCACCACUACGGUGACCCCAACCCCAACACCCACCGGCACACAGACCCCAACCACAACACCCAUCACCACCACCACUACGGUGACCCCAACCCCAACACCCACCGGCACACAGAGUACAACCCCGACACCCAUCACCACCACCACUACGGUGACCCCAACUCCAACACCCACCGGCACACAGAGUACAACCGCAACACCCAUCACCACCACCACUACGGUGACCCCAACCCCAACACCCACCGGCACACAGACCCCAAAAACGACACCCAUCAGCACCACCACUACGGUGACCCCAACCCCAACACCCACCGGCACACCGACCCCAAAAACGACACCCAUCAGCACCACCACUACGGUGACCCCAACCCCAACACCCACCGGCACACCGACCCCAACCCCGACACCCAUCAGCACCACCACUACGGUGACCCCAACCCCAACACCCACCGGCACACAGACCCCAACAUUGACACCCAUCACCACCACUACGGUGACCCCAACCCCAACACCCACCGGCACACAGACCCCAACCCCGACACCCAUCAGCACCACCACUACGGUGACCCCAACCCCAACACCCACCGGCACACAGAGUACAACCCCGACACCCAUCACCACCACCAGUACGGUGACCCCAACCCCAACACCCACCGGCACACAGACCCCAACAUCGACACCCAUCAGCACCACCAGUACGGUGUCCCCAACCCCAACACCCACCGGCACACAGACCCCAACAUCGACACCCAUCACCACCACCACUACGGUGACCCCAACCCCAACACCCACCGGCACACAGAGUACAACCCCGACACCUAUCACCAUCACCACUACGGUGACCCCAACCCCAACACCCACCGGCACACAGACCCCAACAUCGACACCCAUCACCACCACCACUACGGUGACCCCAACCCCAACACCCACUGGCACACAGACCCCAACAACGACACCCAUCAGCACCACCACUAUGGUGACCCCAACCCCAACACCCACCACUGGAAGCACGGGGCCCCCCACCCCCACGAGCACAGCACCCGUUGCUACGCUGACCACAUCCAAACCUCCGCCUGAGUCCUCAACCCCUCAGACCUCUCGGUCCACCUCUUCCCCUGUCAUGGAGUCGACCACCCUUCUGAGUACCCUGCCACCUGCCACUGAGACCACCAGCACGGCCCCACCCUCCACACCCACGGCACCCACGACCACGAGAGGAGCCCACACACUGUCUCCACCGCCCAGCACCACCACGUCCCCUCCAGGCACCCCCACUCGCGGUACCACGACCGGGUCAUCUUCAGCCCCCACCCCCAGCACUGUGCAGACGACCACCACCAGCGCCUGGACCCCCACGCCAACCCUACUCUCCACACCCAGCAUCAUCACGACCACAGGCCUGAGGCCCUACCAUUCCUCUGUGCUUAUCUGCUGUGUCCUGAACGAUACCUACUACGCACCAGGUGAGGAGGUGUACAACGGCACAUACGGAGACACCUGUUAUUUCGUCAACUGCUCACUGAGCUGCACGUUGGAGUUCUAUAACUGGUCCUGCCCAUCCACGCCCUCCCCAACGCCCACGCCCUCCAAGUCGACGCCCACGCCUUCCAAGCCAUCGCCCACGCCUUCCAAGCCAUCGCCCACGCCCUCCAAGCCGACGCCCAGCACCAAGCCCCCCGAGUGCCCAGACUUUGAUCCUCCCAGACAGGAGAACGAGACUUGGUGGCUGUGCGACUGCUUCAUGGCCACGUGCAAGUACAACAACACGGUGGAGAUCGUGAAGGUGGAGUGUGAGCCGCCGCCCAUGCCCACCUGCUCCAACGGCCUCCAACCCGUGCGCGUCGAGGACCCCGACGGCUGCUGCUGGCACUGGGAGUGCGACUGCUACUGCACGGGCUGGGGGGACCCGCACUAUGUCACCUUCGACGGACUCUACUACAGCUACCAGGGCAACUGCACCUACGUGCUGGUGGAGGAGAUCAGCCCCUCCGUGGACAACUUCGGAGUUUACAUCGACAACUACCACUGCGAUCCCAACGACAAGGUGUCCUGCCCCCGCACCCUCAUCGUGCGCCACGAGACCCAGGAGGUGCUGAUCAAGACCGUGCAUAUGAUGCCCAUGCAGGUGCAGGUGCAGGUGAACAGGCAGGCGGUGGCGCUGCCCUACAAGAAGUACGGGCUGGAGGUGUACCAGUCUGGCAUCAACUACGUGGUGGACAUCCCCGAGCUGGGUGUCCUCGUCUCCUACAAUGGCCUGUCCUUCUCCGUCAGGCUGCCCUACCACCGGUUUGGCAACAACACCAAGGGCCAGUGUGGCACCUGCACCAACACCACCUCCGACGACUGCAUUCUGCCCAGCGGGGAGAUCGUCUCCAACUGUGAGGCUGCGGCUGACCAGUGGCUGGUGAACGACCCCUCCAAGCCACACUGCCCCCACAGCAGCUCCACGACCAAGCGCCCGGCUGUCACUGUGCCCGGGGGCGGCAAAACGACCCCACACAAUGACUGCACCCCAUCUCCCCUCUGCCAGCUCAUCAAGGACAGCCUGUUUGCCCAGUGCCAUGCACUGGUGCCCCCGCAGCACUACUACGAUGCCUGCGUGUUCGACAGCUGCUUCAUGCCGGGCUCGAGCCUGGAGUGCGCCAGUCUGCAGGCCUACGCAGCCCUCUGUGCCCAGCAGAACGUCUGCCUCGACUGGCGGAACCACACGCAUGGGGCCUGCUUGGUGGAGUGCCCAUCUCACAGGGAGUACCAGGCCUGUGGCCCUGCAGAAGAGCCCACGUGCAAAUCCAGCUCCUCCCAGCAGAGCAACACAGUCCUGGUGGAAGGCUGCUUCUGUCCUGAGGGCACCAUGAACUACGCUCCUGGCUAUGAUGUCUGCGUGAAGACCUGCGGCUGUGUGGGACCUGACAAUGUGCCCAGAGAGUUUGGGGAGCACUUUGAGUUCGACUGCAAGAACUGUGUCUGCCUGGAGGGUGGAAGUGGCAUCAUCUGUCAGCCCAAGAGGUGCAGCCAGAAGCCCGUUACCCACUGCGUGGAAGAUGGCACCUACCUUGCCACGGAGGUCAACCCCGCCGACACCUGCUGCAACAUUACCGUCUGCAAGUGCAACACCAGCCUGUGCAAAGAGAAGCCCCCCGUGUGCCCGCUGGGAUUCGAAGUGAAGAGCAAGAUGGUGCCUGGAAGGUGCUGUCCCUUCUACUGGUGUGAGUCCAAGGGGGUGUGCGUUCACGGGAAUGCUGAGUACCAGCCCGGUUCUCCAGUUUAUUCCUCCAAGUGCCAGGACUGCGUGUGCACGGACAAGGUGGACAACAACACCCUGCUCAACGUCAUCGCCUGCAGCCACGUGCCCUGCAACACCUCCUGCAGCCCUGGCUUUGAACUCAUGGAGGCCCCUGGGGAGUGCUGUAAGAAGUGUGAACAGACGCACUGUAUCAUCAAACGGCCCGACAACCAGCACGUCAUCCUGAAGCCCGGGGACUUCAAGAGCGACCCGAAGAACAACUGCACAUUCUUCAGCUGCGUGAAGAUCCACAACCAGCUCAUCUCGUCCGUCUCCAACAUCACCUGCCCCAACUUCGAUGCCAGCAUUUGCAUCCCGGGCUCCAUCACACUCAUGCCCAAUGGAUGCUGCAAGACCUGCACCCCUCGCAAUGAGACCAGGGUGCCCUGCUCCACCGUCCCCGUCACCACGGAGGUUUCAUACGCCGGCUGCACCAAGACCGUCCUCAUGAAUCGUUGCUCCGGGUCCUGCGGGACAUUUGUCAUGUACUCGGCCAAGGCCCAGGCCCUGGACCACAGCUGCUCCUGCUGCAAAGAGGAGAAAACCAGCCAGCGUGAGGUGGUCCUGAGCUGCCCCAAUGGCGGCUCGCUGACACACACCUACACCCACAUCGAGAGCUGCCAGUGCCAGGACACUGUCUGUGGGCUCCCCACUGGCACCUCCCGCCGGGCCCGGCGCUCCCCUAGGCAUCUGGGGAGCGGGUGAGCGGGGUGGGCACAGCCCCCUUCACUGCCCUCCACAGCUUUACCUCCCCCGGACCCUCUGAGCCUCCUAAGCUCGGCUUCCUCUCUUCAGAUAUUUAUUGUCUGAGUCUUUGUUCAGUCCUUGCUUUCCAAUAAUAAACUCAGGGAGACAUGC